AUGUCCAAUGAGCCGCUGUUGAAAAGCUGGGCUGCAGUGGAAAGGGCUAUGGCCUUCCAAAAAAUGCAUGAGUACUCCAAUCAGAUCUCGACUGUGCCCGGUCUUGGUGCACCCCGCAGAUUACACGACUUUGACGAGGAAGUUCCCAUGGAACUACUCAGUGGUACACUCGGUGGCGGCCAAGACCUAGCCUCGUAUUUCCGGCGGGGUUAUGACAUGAAUCCUCGAGAGGCGACUGAAUUCAUCCGUGUGAAGAUUGGCACGGACGCGGUGGAAAAGAUAGAACACCUUAUCAAGAGACAACGCGCGGCUAAGGGUGGUUACACACCUGUGUGCUCGCUGCCUAAAAAGAGCCUCGAUCACAGUGACCUGGUUCAACUUAAGGGAGCCAUAUUGAAGAAGACUCUAUCAUGCAAGGUACCUGUUUUUAUCGUCACUAAAUUCACUAGGGAUAAUGUCGAGGUCGGACUGGUCGUGAACGUGGUGUUGAACUCCCACGUGAGGUCGUACAUGAGGGAUGACGAUAUGCAGCAGCUGAUCAUGUUCUUUGUCGCUGGAUAUUCCCCUGACACGUUAACGGUUGAAUUCCGGAAAAGUGCUGGUAAAUCUACAAACGAAGUCUUGCAAGAUUUCGUUGAAGUAGCGAAGAAUAUUCUACGAGACUUGGAAUUCGAGGCGUUGAGUGGCAGUGAAUCGAUGGACCCGGGAGCACACCCAGUUGAGUCUAUCGAAAGCGCCUCGGUGGAGGUUCGUGUUAGAGAAGCAGAACGUCGAGCUGCAGAGCUUCCUACUGCGCCUGGAGCGGCGAUUACGUUCAUCAGCGUACCAGCGACACACAGUGAGGCGCAGAUUAGGGCUGCUAUAGAGCAACUCAACGAGGACUUGGCGGGAACCGGAUCAGUACGUGCCGAAUGUUUCCAGGUCGACAGUACAGGCCGGAAACUGAGAUCUGGCAUGCUGAUGGGGAACUGGUUCGGGCUCCGGAUCAGAGGUGUCUGUAGUGGGGCGUCGAAGAAGCUGCAAUCUUUACAAACUGUUGGAUUCAUCAACUACUUUGGCAAGCAGAGAUUCGGCUUCGAACUCAACGGAGUUUCUCUGCCAGUCCUUGUUGGCGGGUCCUUGCUAUCGGGCGACAUCAAACGGGCAUUGCAAUUGUGGGCUUGGCCCUCCGAUGUGGACAAGGGCUCCAUUCAUGGGAUAUACGAGGAAUGGCUGUGCGAUGGACGUGCUAGCAAGGCUCUUCAGCGAAUAAGGACCCUACCCAGUGCUAUGCGAGAGAAGCUCACACUAUGGGAACGGGUGCUCGAGCAUGUUGGGGACAAUGCUGGGGAGCCUCAAUACCGUGAGGCUAUCAAGCAUCUCAACCUUCCCAAGGCGAUGCUGCAUUUGUUCCCAACAGCAUAUUCCGCCUGUCUGUGGAACCGUCUUGCGAGCAGGCGCAUACGAGAUGGCGGCCUCCGGGUUCGAGUUGGAGAUCUUGUGGCUAUCGGAGCGGGUGAAAACUUCGAGGAGCUCAAGCGCGUUGAAUCUGACGAGGAAGCUAACCAAUACGGCCUCGGCGAUGUACGCUUACCGCAGCUGGGCCUGCAGCGCGAGGGAAUCUGCCCUAUAAAGGACGCAGGAGUUGAUGUGGAGCAGUUGUAA